AUGUCAGAGGAAUUCAAAAACUAAUCAACUUACUAGGUCCCUGCCUAAAAUUUUAGCCAUUCUAAGAGUUUUAAUGUUGGAGCUCAAGAAUUCAAUCCUAAAAAGCUAGGCAAACAAGCUAGUAAGUUAGAGUUUCAAUUCUCUGAUAACCCAGAGAUAUCAAGUUAAAAUAUCUAAGAUCUUAUUCUUCUAGGUAUAAAUCAGAAUGGCGAUAUAGGAAGCUAAUGGGUACCACAGAAAAAAGAUGCAAAAAAACAAUGGAAAAGACAAGAUCAACAAAUGGAUAACAUAAUUCAAACUAAUAAUAAGAGUAAGAGCUAAUAGUUUUAUCAAACAAAAGCAGAUAAAAAGGCUAGACCUAAUAUUGUGAAGGCUAAUUAUGAUAACCCAGAUUAUGAGCACAUGGACGAGAUAAAAUCGGUCCAAAAGUAAAUGUCUCUUUAAAAUUAGUCUGCAAACAGCUUACUUGGAUUCACUUAUCAAGAAGAUGAUUACAAUAAUGGGCAAUCUUAUUCUAAUUCAUACAAAGGAUUCAAAGGAAAAAGAAGAGGCGGGAAAUAGAAUUACAGGCCGUAAAAAGAUUACAAUAUUCAAUCGGCUUUUAAGUUCAUAGUUCGCAGAGGAAAAGAUUACACUCUGAAUGUUUAUGACCCAAAUGAGAUAAUUGAUUGGAAAGAUGUUACCACUGUGAUGUUUAACAUGUCUAAUGCAGAUGAUGUAUAAUGCCCAAUAUGCUUGGAGAAUCUAACACAAAUGAUAGCACCUAAGAUCACGAAAUGUGGACACAUAUUCUGCUGGCCUUGUGUCCUAUAAUAUUUAGCUUAUGAAAAGCAAUAUAACUGGAAGAGAUGUCCUCUAUGUAAUGAGUCUAUUUAGAAAAAUGAGCUAAAACAAGUAAAAGUUACCUAAAGUGUAUAUUACAAAGAAGGAAGCAUCAUUAAAUUCAAUUUGAUGAUCAGAAAUAAAGCAAACAUUAUAGUUUCAGAUAAGUAAAAGCAAUCUCCCAAAUUGAAUUAGUUUGAUGGAGACUAAAGUGAUAAAAAGCACACAUCAAAAGUAAAACUCCCAACAUAAAAAUUUCCAUCAUAAAAAUCUGAGGAAUUUCAUGGAUGCAGAGUGUUGAUUAGUGAUAGGCAAGAAGAGAAAAAUGAUUAUGAAAGAGAUUUGAAGAUAUUAAUGGAAGAUUUUAAAUUAAUGGAGAGUUCAAAUGAAUAUUAGAAAAUACCUUACAUUAAUGAAGCAAUAGAGCAUUGUCAUAAAGAAAUCAAUAAAUUGAAUGAUACAAACUAUCAAGACUAGAUAUAAGAAGAACCUAUAGAUUUUUAAGAAAAGAAAAGGAUUCAUAAUAAAAAGCAAACACUCAAAAACAAGCUAAGUCAGCCAGAUGAAAUUGAAGAAAAUGAUUAGGAUUUUUAUUAUUUCUAUCAGAGUUCUACUGGAGAGAAUCUAUUUUUGCAUCCAUUAUGCUACAAUAUUCUGUAUCAAUCUUAUGAAAAGUAUGAUGAUUUCCCAAAACAAAUUGAAGCUUAAGUACUUGAAGUAAAUCAAGGGAUCGCAGAUUAAGAUGAUCCAGAUUUUAAGAAGUACUAAGAUCUAAAUCACUUGCCAGAUGGUUCUCCAUAUGGCUUUGUUGAAGUCGAUAUGAGUUCUCUUGUUAGUGAGUCUAUUUAUAGAGAAUUCGAAAAAGACAUUUCCUAUAGAGAGCGUCAUAGAAAGAGAAAAUAGCAGAGAGAGGAAAAAUAUGCAGGAAAAGUGGAAAGAAUACAAGAAGAAAAAUUUGAGUAGAUAAAGAGAUAAGCUAUAAAUUCAGUCAAUACAGAAUCUUUCUUUCUGGUGCCCGGAGUAGUUAGAAACUACGAACCGAGAUCAAGUUAGGAUGAGGAAUCUAAGCAAUCCGAAGAAGAAAUUAAGAAAGAAUAGGAAUAGGAGGCUGAGUAGGUAUAAAAUAUGACAAAUGAUUAGAAAUUGUGGAAAGAAUUUGGAUCUCUACUAGUGAAAGACAAGAGAACUAUUCAAUCUAUAAGAAAAGAUAACUUUAUAGGAAUUGAAGUAAAGAAUUUCGCAAAGAAAGCAGUUGAAGAUUUACAUGGAAAAGAGUAAGAUGAAUUCGAUUGCAAGGAUGACGGUUUUGGGUUUGCAAGUUCAUCAAUUACUGUCAUUGAAGGAAAGGGACCAAAGAAAAGAAAAAGAGGAGGCAGAAAAUGA